UCAGGGUUUGGUUCUCUACAAAAAAGCGUGCUUCUGUUUCUUUUCUUUUUUUCUGAAAUGGAGGGUUCUUCAAUUGAUUUUCUACGAUUGCUUAAUAGUGACUUAUCACUCAAAAUCCUUUCGAUUUUGGAUGAUCCAUCUGAUGUUGUUCGUGUUGCUUCUGUUUCGCACACUUGGCGCCAAUUCGUGAUUGCAAGUGGGUUUUCUAAGAGUCUUUGUUUAAGAUUGUUUCCAGAAACAUCAAGCGCUAUUAAAGCCAUUGAAGAAAACAAUGUGAUAGAGUGUUUGGGAUUCAACACCACUGGUAGUGUGGAUGUGGAGCAGUUGAAGAAAAACCAUCGAGUUUAUGCCUUCCUAGCAUCAGGUCUGGCUCCUUCUUUAACAACAGAUUGCAUUGUGGAGGCUAUAAGUGCGUCUAGUACUGAUCAUUUUCCGGAAGAAAAUAUUCGCCACACUUUGGAACCUAGAGAGAUAGUCGACGGGAUGCUUUCCUACUGGUCAAGUAUGGGAGAGAGUAAUCCUGAGAUGCAUGAGACAUUGACUUUUAAAUUGGUGUCCAAGUUGUGUUUCAUCACUGAGAUCAACAUCCAACCGUCCCAAGAACUUUUCGAGGAUGAUUUUCCUAUAUUUUCGGCCAAGGCUGUGCAAUUUCGAAUGGGCCGUGUUAGAGAACCGCAACAAGAGAGAUUUCUUUUGGGUGAUUAUAAGGCAGGCCGUAGAUCGAUUGAAGAUCACGUAGUAUGGACAUACACCUCAGAAAAGUUUCCAAUGGUUCAGGAAAAUCGUUUACAAAAGUUCAAGUUACCAGAACCUGUUCUUGCCAUUGGUGGACUUCUGCAGAUCGAACUGUUUGGAGGGGUCCAGCUUGAUUGGGAUGACUUAUACUACUUGUGUGUGUCUUAUGUUCAAGUCGUGGGACGCCCACUCACAAAUGAAUUCGUUGCUGAUUUGAUUGAUAACUCCGGGAAAUGCGUCUUGAAGUACAACCGGAAAGAGGCUAUUGGAAACGACUCCGAUGCAUCAGAAGAUGACUUGGCAGUCCUCGGUGUCAGCUGUGCUUUUACAGAUCUAGUUCUUAGCCAUAACAUGAGCGAGUAUCAUUUUUAAAUACUUGCGAAUGUGCAUGGUGUUGGCUGUUAUAUCAAUGUUUGUAAAAGAUGAAGAUUAAUGGGAUUGGAAAGUGAUGAGUUUUUUUUUCUUUUUCUUUUUGUCGAGGUUGGAAGGAUUCUGGUGAUAACAAUGUCCGCUGGCGAGAUGUGUUGUUUUAGUAAAUUGUGUUUGCUGGUGGUAAAAAAGAAUACUGAUACUGGUCGUCUCGACUUUGAGAGACUUGUCAUACUGAUUCUUAUUGCAGAGAUCAGUUUAAAUUGAUUCAAACAUUGCAUUCCUGUAGAA